AUCCUAAUUUCAACAAACCAAACAUUCGAAGAUUUAUAUAUAUAUAUAUAUAGUUAGGGGAAUUUGACUUACACAUUGAGUAUUAGGAAAAACAAAGGAAUAACAUUUUGUUCAGGGUGACAAUAGCACAUUGUUAUAGAAUAAAAUGUCCAUAUUUUUAGAAGACAUAUAACUGACAGUGGGUAGAGUUUCCUUUAAAAUAACUAAAUAUUUUUAAAAGAAAAAUAAUGUAUAUUACCAGUGAACAAACGUCACGCCUUCUACUAUCAGUUAACAUUAGGUUUCCAUUGGUACCAUUUCAGACCUCAAGAGAAGUGGCCACAGUCAAAAAAGCUCAGGCGGUAUGAGGGAUGUUAACUAUUGCCUAAAAUAAAAUCGAGAAUGGGAAUUCCAAAACCAGACCUACUGUCUUAACCACUUACCCAGGCCCACCCUGCUUACAAGCAACAGGUUACUUUCUGAUCCUUUACACUGAGACUCAUUGAUGAAUAAGAGUUUGUGUCUUUGUAUGUAUUAGCAUUUCAGUCCCAGUAACCAGCUAGUCUUCAUGAUCAAUUUGUAAACUCCUCUGCUUUCCAACAUGGUAGCUCAGUUAGUUAAUGGCUUGCCACCCUUAUUGGGACCAGCUAGCACAUCAGAAGUAAACUUGGAACUACUCACUGAAUACUUACUACAGUAUUUACUAAAGUAAUUUACUGAGUACUCCCCAUAUGGCACAAUACUAUAGAGAACAAAGAAUAUUCUCUGCCCUCAAGGAGCUCAAACUCCAGCUAUAGAACUUGACGUGUACAUUUAUGGAUAGGUAACAAUCCUCUACAGAACACCACAGACAGAAUUACCAAAGGAUCAUUGUUGUGUUAGUGGCUCAGUCAUGCCCAGCUCUUUGCGACUCCAUGGACUAUAGCCCAGCAGGCUCCUCUGUCCAUGGGAUUCUCCAGGCAAGAAUACUGGAGUGGCUUGUCAUUUCCUUCUCCACCCAAAAGAUUAUUCAUCCACAAUUAUCUUCAGAAGAAAAGAGCAAGGAGCUGUGAGAAUAUAUGCAAGGAAGAUUUAACCUUGCCUGGCUGAGCAGCAAAAGCUUUCCUGAGACAGUGGCCUUGAAGCCUCUGGAACCCCAGUCAGAUGUAGAGGAAAGAACCAGUCCAGAGGGAUUGCCUCAGACCACACUAUCUCCACUCUCUCAGACCUGUGGAAGGUUAGCGACCAUGAUUUCCAAUGGGAUAGGAAACGUCACCACUGGAAAAAGGAGCAUAUGUCUUCUCCCUUUGCUGCUUAUUGGCUUCUGGGGCUAUGUGACCUGUCAUCGGAAACCUGUGGAGGAUAUCUGCACAGCCAAGCCUCGGGACAUUCCUGUGAAUCCCAUGUGUAUUUACCGUUCCCCAGAGAAGAAGGCGACUGAGGGCGAGGGCUCAGGGCAGAAGAUCCCCGGGGCCACCAACCGGCGGGUCUGGGAACUGUCCAAGGCCAAUUCCCACUUUGCCACUGUCUUCUAUCAGCAUCUGGCAGACUCCAAGAAUAACAAUGACAAUAUUUUCCUGUCACCCCUGAGUAUCUCCACAGCUUUUGCUAUGACCAAGCUGGGUGCCUGUGACAACACACUCAAGCAGUUGAUGGAGGUUUUUAAGUUUGAUACCAUCUCUGAGAAGACAUCUGAUCAGAUCCACUUUUUCUUUGCCAAACUGAACUGCCGACUCUAUCGAAAAGCCAAUAAAUCCUCUGAGUUGGUAUCAGCCAACCGUCUUUUUGGAGACAAAUCCAUCACAUUCAAUGAGACCUACCAGGACAUCAGUGAGGUGGUAUAUGGGGCCAAGCUCCAGCCCCUGGACUUCAAGGGAAAUGCAGAGCAGUCCAGAUUGACUAUCAACCAAUGGAUAUCCAAUAAGACUGAAGGGCGUAUCACUGAUGUCAUCCCCCCGCAAGGCAUCAAUGAGUUCACUGUCCUGGUGCUAGUCAACACCAUUUACUUCAAGGGCCUGUGGAAGUCAAAGUUCAGCCCCGAGAACACAAAGGAGGAACUGUUCUACAAGGCCGAUGGGGAGUCAUGUUCAGUACCCAUGAUGUACCAGGAAGGCAAGUUCCACUAUCGGAGAGUGGCAGAAGGCACCCAGGUGCUCGAGUUGCCCUUCAAGGGUGAUGACAUCACCAUGGUCCUCAUCCUGCCCAAGCCGGAGAAGACCCUGGCCAAAGUGGAACAGGAACUCACCCCAGACAUGCUGCAGGAGUGGCUGGAUGAGCUGGCAGAGACGCUGCUGGUGGUCCACAUGCCCCGCUUCCGCAUCGAGGACAGCUUCAGCGUGAAGGAGCGGCUGGAAGACAUGGGCCUUGAAGACCUGUUCAGUCCUGAGAAGUCCAGGCUCCCAGGUAUUGUUGCAGAAGGUCGGAACGACCUCUAUGUCUCAGAUGCAUUCCACAAGGCAUUUCUUGAGGUAAAUGAGGAAGGCAGUGAAGCUGCAGCAAGUACCGUCAUUAGCAUCACUGGUCGUUCGCUGAACUCGAACAGGGUGACCUUCAAGGCCAACAGGCCCUUCCUGGUUCUCAUCAGGGAAGUUGCUCUGAACACUAUUAUAUUCAUGGGCAGAGUAGCCAACCCUUGUGUUAAUUAAAAUGUUAUCCUUUGUACUUCUUCCUAUUUUGGUGUGUGAAUACAAGUAAAAAUAAAUAAAACUAUUCCCUUAUCUGACAAUUAUGAAUGGACUUUGCCAUCUGAAAUGAAGGCAAGGAAAGGAGAAAUGGAUAGAGAUGCUGCUGGGCAUUUGGUGUAAUGGAGCUUUCAACUCUUCUCUACGGGUGAACACAUCUAGGUCAAGAAAGUGAAGGAGGGAGGUAUGUUACUACUUCAUCUUGAAAGAUAGUAGGCAUCUUGAGAGGGCAGGGGGAGCUUGAAAUCUAGAAAAUUCCUUUAUACUAAAAAAAAAUCCAAAAGUUUAAAAAGACUUAAUCUCUGUAAUACAGAAGAGACAGAGAUGCAAAUCUGAAUAUUAAAUCAUUUAAUUCUCAAACCACUCACAUGCAUAAUGUUCUUUUACACAGUGUUAAAAUAAAGAGGAAAAUGUAUUUUUAUACAAACAGAAUUUCAAGUAUACAUCAAUAGACUUUUCAAAUUACUAACCAAGUUGCUAAGAUUUCAUUCACAUUGUUCUUAAAGCUGUUCAACGAGAAAGCUUUUGCUAAACUGCUUUAAAUAUGUUUAUAUAAACCCAUAUAUCUUCACUCUUUCUCUGAAUCUCCCUC